AUUCAUUUCAAAAGGCUUUAUUGACAUGAGAACAUGUGUUUAUAUUGCCAAAGAAAGUGAAAUAAACAAAAGUGAGAAGAAACAAAAACAUCUCUCUCUCUCUGGGACCUGGGUAAAAGUAGUGCACUAUAUAGGGUAUAGGUGCCAUUUGGGAUGCAUCCUUGGUGUGGGGUAUCUUAGAGCCUCUCUCCCCCUCCCCUCAGAACUGCAGUUAGGGAGAGAGAGACCUCUCUGUGGGGGUAGUUGUGUGUGUCCUACACCUCACCUGUUCUUUAAUGGCACUAGAGAGCCUAGAUAACACCUGUCUGUCACGUGAGUGGCUCUGUCAAUACAGGGAUCAAUGAUUGGUGUAGGGACUGGGGAGGGGACAUGGAUAUGGUGCUAAGGAGAGUGAGAGCUCUCUGGUUUCUAUUGCUCCAUGGUCAAAAGUAGUGCACUGCAUAGAGAAUAGGGUGCCGUUUGGGGCGUACUCCCAGUUAUUUUAUUGCCUUUUUCUUAACUGUAAAAAUAUAGCCCUACAGUUUCACAAUUUCAAUAAAUCAUCCUGGACUUUUGAUUUGCACAGCACCAAUGGCAUAAUUCCUUAGAAAAUGUAGCCAGUAUAAAUGAGCAACUACAUAAUAAUUGCACAUGACAUGUUAUGUAAUAUUUGCCAAGGUUGUGGUUAUUUGGCCUUUGGCCUGACCAAAAUACUAAACACAGCCAGCAAAGUAAUUGGUCGACCACCGGCACAUUUGAGCAGUCUGUUCAACAAGGCAACCAAAAAGAAGGCACUGGCUUCCGUCGGCGACCCCUCUCAUCCUCAGUUGGAGAGGCUUCCCUCUGGCCGGCGCUUCAGAAUGCCCAUGGCCAAGAAGAACGUGUUCAAAUAUUCCUUCGUUCAUUGUGCUGUUGGACUACUAAAUGCGAAGUCAAUUGUAUCGGUAUAUGUACUGAUCUAUCCAGUGCAGUUGGGACAGUGGUCAGUUGUGAAUGUAUUAAUGUCCUCUGUGUUGGUCGUGGAUGUAACAUGAUGGACUGACUGGUUUAAAUGUGAUGAUGUAUUCAUGUCCUCUAUGUUGGUCGUGGAUGUAACAUGAUGGACUGACUGGUUUAAAUGUGAUGAUGUGAGAAUGUAUGUGAUCAUUUUUAAUGGAAGGUGACACCAAAGAAACAUUUCCAUUCUUGAUGGACAAUAACGUUUUUUUUUUCUAUUUCCACCAUAAAGCUACAGGCAUCUUGUUGAACAAGUUGAUGAACAGCUGAUAACAAACAGGACCUUGAACAUGUUCCGCACAAUACCUACAGGCUGCUGUGACUCAUAGUCACAUGAUGAUGAGUGUGAAUAGCUCUCUUCAUCUGGGCUACUGUUGUGAUGCAUGUUGGCCUUACUGUACACAGUGUGGAAUACUCCUACCCUCCACUCAUCCCUGAGGAGGGCCAUGACAGCAGCAACCUGCCUGAGGAGUGGAAGUACCUGCCUUUCCUAGCCCUGCCUGACGGGGCACACAACUACCAAGAAGACACCGUGUACUUUCACCUCCCUCCUAUCAGUGGAGCAGAUAUGAAGUGUGUGUAUGGAGUCUCCUGCUAUCGCCAAAUAGAGGCUAAGUCCCUGAAGGUCCGACUGGCUGACGUCACCAGGGAGACGGUCCAGAAGAGCGUGUGUGUCCUCAGUCGAGUGCCUCUGUACGGUCUUCUCCAAGCUAAACUACAGCUCAUCACACACGCCUACUUUGAGGAGAAAGACUUUUCACAGAUAUCCAUAUUGAAAGAGUUGUAUGAACACAUGAACGGUUCUCUGAGAGGAACGGCUCUGGAGGGAUCACAAGUGUUCCUGGGUAUGUCACCCAGAGAUUUAAUACUGCACUUUCGACACAAGGUUCUUAUUCUUUUCAAACUGAUUCUGCUGGAGAAGAAGGUGCUGUUCUACGUAUCUCCAGUCAACAGGCUGGUAGAAGCUCUGAUGACUGUUCUGUCACUGUUCCCAGGUAUGAUAGAGCACGGCCUGGCCGACUCGUCCCACUACCAGCCCAAGAGCAGUGUCUCAGAGGACAUCAGCCUGCUGGAGUGUGUGUCAGGGGCUGAGGAGUUUGUGUCUGUCUCUGUCACCGACAUCACCAACGCUACCCUGGAGCUGGUAGGGGAGGAGGGUUUCGGUGAGGACCAGACUACCACCACCUCCACGGAGGCCUCGCAGCGGACAGCCUCACCCCCAGACACCUCCACCCCAGCUGGGGCUAGCACAAACCUCAAGCCCCCCUCCCGUACCUCCCCAGACUCGUCAGAGAGCGACUGGGAGACACUGGACCCUAGCGUGCUGGAGGACGUUCCAAAAGACUCUGAGACAGGGGGUUUGGGGGUGGAGCACCCAGAGACGUUUGACCCAGAGCCAGGUGUCCCCAUCACAGUUCAGCCCCAGGGCCAGUCAGCAGGGCAAGGGGGGCAGGUGGCUGUCACUCAGGGCCUAGUGUCAGGUCUGGAGGAGGACCAGUACGGACUGCCACUUGCCAUCUUCACCAAGGGUUACCUGUGCCUGCCCUACAUGGCCUUGCAGCAGCACCACCUGCUGUCAGACGUGACGGUGCGCGGCUUUGUCGCUGGGGCAACCAACAUUCUCUUCCGUCAGCAGAGGCAUCUGAGUGACGCUAUCGUUGACGUGGAGGAGGCUAAGAUCCAGAUCGGAGACCCAGAGUUGAGGAAGCUGUUGGGUCUGACCACGGCUGACCUGCGUUUCGCCGACUACCUGGUCAAACACGUCACGGAGAACCGCGAGGACAUCUUUCUGGACGGGACAGGCUGGGAGGGAGGGGACGAAUGGAUUAGGGCCCAGUUUGGACUUUACGUCCAUUCUCUCCUGUCCUCUACCUUACAAGAAGACAAUGAGAAGUUGCUAGCGGACUGGGGCGCGCCCUUCAUCUCAGCCUGGAGGAUCACACACAACUACAGAGUGUGGUUCAGCAACAAACACCCAGCCAUGGCCAAGAUCACCCCAGGCCAUCCAUUCCAAGGGCAGUACAGUGCUGCUGAUCUGAAGUUAAGAUUCUCACACUCGGUGCAGAACAGCGAACGGGGGAAGAAAAUUGGAGCAGCUGUGAUCACCACCAGUCGGAGUGUCGUGCAGACCGGGAAGGCAGUAGGUCAGUCGGUGGGUGGAGUGUUAACCAGUGCUAAGUCAGCCAUGUCGUCCUGGUUCUCUACGUUGGCCCAGCCUGCUAUUUUAGCCACUCCAGCAGCCUCCCCUGAGCCUCAAUCACCUACAGAGGCCAAGCCUUGACCACCUACCUGCUGCCUGCCUCCUAACCUAACCUUAGCCUCUGUCACAGGCUUUAGCCAACAUGAGUUAAGCCGAGGAUACCCUAACCUAACCCCCUCCAACAGUCCUUCCCUGAGUCUCUCGAUUCAUCUUUCCUUGAUUCCCUGCAUCCUUUCUCCUGAGCUCCUUCUCAAACCCUAUUGGAGAAGGUCAGAGGGGAGGGAUCUUGGACAGUGUCCUCCAAUACGGUUGAGAAGGAGGCAAGGAGACAGGAUGCGACGUGACACACUCCUCCUAUUCCUCCUCUCCCCCUUUCUUUCAGAACCAGUUAGUUACAGAAGGAACUGGGGUCAGGUGGGCAGGAUAGGUUGAUUUUUGCGUGUUUGGGGAAAGGUUUUAUUUUAGGAAGGAUUUGUUUCAGGCCUCUGAUGGGAUACCACAACACAGCAGAGGGAUUCAGGUCUUUGUCGUAAAUGAUACUCUAUUCCCUAUGUCGUUCACAACUUUUGACCAGGGCCCAUAGAGUACUGGUGGUAAGUAGUGCACUAGGAAUAGAUACCAUUUAGGACGCAACCCUGGUCUGCAGUACCCUUUCCCCUCCAUCCCCAGGUUACAACUGCUCCAGCAUGGAGGACAGACCGUCAGGGGCAGAUGAGAGGAAUAGCCACUUGUGCUAAACAGACGGACAGAAACAUCCUCAGAGCCCAUGCUCAGAGCCUCAGACACUUCAGAUUUCAGUGUGUUUUUCUCUGUGUGGUGGAAGACCUUUUGUGUUUUAUCCAUUGCCAGUGUUUUGCUCGAACUGUAUUCCAACAAGGUGUAUACUGUAUAUACUGACAGUGUGAAACCAGUGCACCGCUGGCUGGAAGCUGUGUUACUGUAAAUGAGUAAGAUGCUGGGUCAGAGCAAGUUAUUCUCAGUUUACUGGACAGGACAGACAUCCUAUGGCCGUGUCCCAAAUGGAACCCGAUACCACAGUGCACUACUUUUGACCGGUCCCUGGUCAAAAUUAGUGCACUAUAAAGAGAAGAGGGUGCCAUUUGGAACACAUUCUGUUUGUCAUUCCUUCAGGUUAAGAAAACUACUUAUCUUUUUCCUCAUUAUGUCCGCACUAUACAUGUAAUAGUGAACUUUUAUAAAGAUGGUUGGAGUAUGGGAUAAAACUAAUUCAUUAGUUGUAUAUAGUUUGUUGGACUUGUACAUAAAUAAGUGAUUUCCCUGUCUCGACACGACUGGAACCAAUCUCUCUCUACUGUGCAUCUGAAAUGGCACCCUAUUCCCUAUAUAGGGCACUACUUUUGACUAAGGCCCUUUAAACCUAUUCCCUAGAAAGUGCACUACUAAAACUAGUGCUAUACGUAGGGAAUUGGUUGCACCUAUACAUAGGAAAGAUUAUAUUUCUAUGUACUCUCUUAGCCUAUACUUGUUACAGUACUUUCUCCCAAACUGUUUGUAUUGAAGUUGUUGGAUUUAAGUUAGGCACAGAUCCAUAUUUAGAAAAUAAGUGUAUAUAUAUUGAUCUUUGGAAGGCAUGAUCUUGGACUAUCCACUAAAAGUUGGAAUGAGAGUGCUGAUCUAGGAUCCCACCUGUCAUAUAACCUUAAUUCCAAUCUAAAAGGCCAAACUGAUCCUAAAUCAGCACUCGUACUCAGACAUUUAGACAUGGGCCCAGGUCCAGUUUUUAAACUCUAAUGACGUCUUUGCCGGCUGUCUGAACUUUGGACCUUGAUUUCCUGUCUUGACUUUUAAACUAAAAAUCUGAGUCAUUUGUUUUGACUGUAUGCUUUAUGUUGCUGUUGAACUCUGAAAAUUACAUUAAGUAUGCAAUUAUAUUUUUUUCAUCUGACAUGUAGUGUUUCGAAAAUAUGAAUUGUGAAGUUAAUUUAUGCUGCAUUAAAUAUGGAAAACAAA